AUGCACGCACGCUGUCUGCCCGCUGCUCCGAACUGGUACUGCUCCCGGUGCAGUGACGUCAGUACAAGCGGUCUGUUUGGGUUUGGAGCCAAAUGCACAAUUUAUCUGGUCCAAGUGUCCGCCUCCAGCUGCAGAGUCACAGGAGAGCUGGUGGGACACAAAGAUCUGGUGACCAGUUUCAGCUUCUGUCAACACUUGGGACAGAGCCACAUUUGUGUCAGUUCAUCCUGCGAUGGCAGCGUCAGAUUCUGGGACUCGGAAACAAAAAAGUUUCUGAAAGAAUCUUCUGGGCAUCAGAAUCCAGUGUCUGCAGUGCACUGGUCUCCUGUGGACAAAAACCUAGUUGUUUCUGGAGAUGAAAAGGGAGUGGUCGUGUGUCACUGGUUCCACACAGGGGACACCUCCAGCUUCUUCCCUGAACCUCGGACCAUCUUUUGCCUCAGCUGCUCCCCUCACAUCUGGAGUCAUGUGGCCAUCGGGUAUAAAGAUGGGAUGAUCGUGCUGAUUGACGUGAGUAAAAAAGGUGAAGUUUUGCAUCGUCUAAGAGGCCACGACAACGAGAUCCAAUCUCUGUGCUGGAGCCCAGAGCCGGGAGAAGGCAUCCUCGAUGGUCCAACAGAGGACUCUGAAGCUGAUGACACGGGCGGUGUUUUGGGAGAGGGCUGUCUGUUGGCUUCAGGAAGUAGAGACCAGACUCUGAGGAUAUGGAGCACCGACAGAGGCAAAAGUAUUGUUACUUUGAAACUGCCCUAUCUGAAGAAAAGAGGCUCAGUGAUGGAUACAGGAGUGAGAGAGCGACUGUGGCUGCAUGUUCACUGGCCAAAAGGACGAAGAACUCAAGUCAUAUCCAGCUCUUUCAGUGGCGAGUUGCUGCUCUGGGAGUUGGCAAAGACGGCGAAGCAGAAGUGGAGCGUUUUCGGAACGACUUCAGACGGACAAAACCACAACAGGAUCGUCUUCAACACCAGCUCCGUCCAGCUGCAGGAACAACAGCUGCUGCUCUCCACCUCCAUGGACAGAGAGGUGAAGUGUUGGGACAUGAACACUCUGGAGCUGUGCUGGACGCUGCCGGCUCUGGGGGGAUUCGUCUACUCUCUCUGCUUCUCCCCGCUCGGGUCGGGGACACUGGCCCUCGGAGUCGGGGACAACAUGAUCCGUGUGUGGAGCACGCAGAGCUCCAAACAGUACGACACGCUCUGCUUCUGGCAGGGGAUUAAGUCCAAAGUCACGGCAUUGGCCUGGCAUCCCCAAAAGGAGGGGGCUCUGGCUUUUGGCACAGAUGAUGGAAAAGUGGGGAUCUAUGGCGUCUUCACCCACAAGCCUCCUCAGAUCUCAAGUUCCUAUCACAAGAAAACGGUUUACACUUUGGCCUGGGGUCCACCUGUUCCGCCGCUCUCCUUUGGAUCCUCAAAGGGAAAGUCGGCCUUCAGUCUGUACAGCUGCGCAGGAGAAGGAACCAUUCUCCAACACGACCCACACCAGCUCGGCGGAGAUGCUUUCAACAUCGACAAACUCAUCAAAAACACAAACAACAUUCAGCACAAACUAUCUCCACACACAGACCUAAACUGGAAACCUGAUGGAAAAGCUGUGGCCAUUGGUAAUGAAGAUGGUUGUAUAGAAGUGUACGAAGCCCCCAGUCUGCGGCUCCUGUGCAGUAUCCAGCAGCAUCAUAAGAUCAUCAACUGCCUGCGCUGGCACCACGGCCUCCACAACCCGGACCUCAGCGCUCUGCUCGCCUCUGGCUCCAGCAACGCCGUCGUGUACAUACAUGACCUCAAACAAGUGCUGGAGUCGCCCGGGGACAGUGCAGUGGUCAUGUCUGAACCCUUUCGCAAACUCAGCGGACACACGGCCAAAAUCACGGGUCUGUCCUGGAGCCAUCACCAUGCCGACCGCCUGGUGACCGUGAGCUACGACGGCACGGCCCAGGUGUGGGACGUCCUGCAGGAAACACCGGUGUCUAACUAUCGCGGUCACCAUGGAAACGUGCUGUGUGUGGAUUGGUCCCCCGAGGACCCGGACGUGGUCUGGACCGGAGGGAAAGACUUCACGGUUCACGAGUGGAGGGUGUCAAAGCAGGAGUUUGAUAAACCGCCCAAAGGGAAAAAAAUGGUUGAUCUCAAGGAUAAAAGGAAAAAAGGCAAAGCCAAGAAGCCGUCAGCAGGUGGCGCUGUUGUGAAUGGAGAGAGGCGUCCAGCAGCUGCAGUGGCUCUAUCUGAGGAAGAGGACGACGACACAAGCUCCACAAACAGCUCGCUGCCUCCUAUCGUUCUUAACGACAUCCAGAAAAAACCUUCUCCUGCGUUGAAGAACAAAGAUGAGCCAGAGGUGAUGGUCUCAUCCCUGAAAAAGAAGAAGCCGCGUUCGAUGCUUGUCCUGAGCACCUCCAUGGACCAUCGGCCCAAAGACGAGCUGCUGCAGGACUGUGUCACUCUGGCUUCUGUCACACACCACUCGCCCCCUAAUGGCUGCGUCCCGGGACAAGGGGAUCAUGUCCAUCUGGGUUUGUUUUCUGAUCGAGAGGCUUUGUACCGAAUGUUUGAGGCAGAAGAGGAGGCCCACAUCGAGGCAGGGCACUUUGAAACAACAGUUUACCUGCGGCUGUGGAGCGGAGACCUCCAGGGGGCGCUACAGCUGGCCACAGAGAGAGGAGAGCUCAAUGACCACCUGCUUUCUCUCGCUCCAAUGGCUGGGUUCUCGGUGUGGAGCGCAGCUGUGGACUCGUACGUCAAGCAGCUGUGUCUCCAGGAGCAGUUCGUCAAAGCCGCGUCUCAUUUACUGUCCGUCAACAAACUGCACGAAGCCGUAGGCCUGCUGCGCUCUCACAAACUCUACAGAGAGGCCAUUGCUCUGGUGAAAGCCCGACUGCCUCAGGACGACCCGGUCCUGAAGGAGCUGUACCAGAGCUGGGCUGCAGUGCUGGAGAAGGACGGACACUUUUCUGCAGCUGCAAAAUGUUAUCUUGCAGCUGGUUCCAGUUUUGACGCAGCGAAAGUGAUUUCCAGGAAGAAGGAGGUGUCUUCUCUGCGUGCGGCGGCACAUCUGGCUCAGAUCUGUGGAGAGGCGUCUCUGUCUCAGUCCCUGUCCCUGCGCUGUGCUAAAGAGCUGGUCCUGGCCCAAGACUGGAGCUCUGCUCAGGACGUCCUGCACCAGCACACAGCUCUGCUGGCCCACAGACUUCAUUUCUCUUUGGCUGAGCUCCUGUCUCAGCUUUUGUCUGAACCCGGAGGCUUGUGUGCGUCCUCUGGAGCGAGCAGCGGUCUCUGGACAUCAGCCGAAAACAACCUUGCGUUUCGGCAACGAGUGGAGCAAGUCUGGGAUGAAAAGUUUGGAGUCACUCGUACUUCGCAGGGACCUCAGUGUGUCAAGAGUUUACAACAACAACUGCAGUCUGUAGAGAUCCCACAGUCAAUGGCAAAUGUUCCACUAAAGCAGGUUGUCGUGUCCUCGUGUCUGCACCUCACUCGUGCCUUCCUGUGUUUGAUGUCUGAUGAAGACGAGCAGACGAUGAAGGAGCUGUGGUGGGCUGUGUGCCUGGUCAAGGACGCUCACUUCUCUGCAUUUUCACGACUCUGCCACCUACUGUUCCCUGACGGAGACGUUGGCGCUUUCUCAAACCAGAGGCCUUCAGAAGAACCGUCCGCCGUUGCCUUGACGUUACAAUCCUUCACCCGCUACCUCCGACUGUACGAACUCUGGUGGAGCAGCUCUUUGCCGAACGGAAACGGGACCGAGCCGAACGGAUCUGUGCCUGAUUUGGGUUUGGACGUGUUGCUGUGCGAGUCGGCAGCCGCUGCUCAGGACACGCAGAGGGCCAUGAGCGAGAUCCAGGACAAACUCAACUCCCUGAUGACCAAACAUCGGAGCUUGGGGCCAGAGGCAGAGGAGGAGAAGGGAGACACUACACCUGCACAAGGGCAAGAAGCCACUGCUAAUGGCGACGAGCCUGAAACAUUCCUGUCUUUGUCUGUGAAGAUGGCCCAGUGUCAGAAGCGUCUGUCGGAGCUGCCAGACUCAGUCACGUCUUUCCCUCGUCCGGACGUGCUGGAGUGCUGCUUGGUCCUACUCCUUUUGGAUCGCUCGUCGUCGGUCGUCUCAGAGACUUUAAAACAAAAAUCUACAGCACUGCUGCAACAAUAUGGGACAAAAUCACCUUACUCCAAAGCUGCUCAGAAAAUAAUCUCCAAUUAA